CAGGAUGUUGAGGAGGACUGCAAGUUCUUGACCCGGAUCCAGAUAAAAACCCGCCACAUUAGUUAACGCUCGUUGGAAUUUUAUCCACGUGCGAGUCUGGGCUUUACUUUCCUGCUUCGCUCCUAUUCUAUGCGCAAAUCCUCUCUCAAUCUCUGCAUUUACCUAACCCUAACCCUAAUUUUUUGUGAAUAUUUUUCCAUAGCCAGAGCUUAAUGCUUUGUCUGUACCGUUCUGAUACGCUGAGCUUCGGGAACUCGGGCUUCGAGGUCGAUAAUGGAGGUCUUGAAGGACGAUUUAUCGGAGGUAGAGAUUGGGAGCUCCGUGGGCUCGUUCCAGAGGUUCGUGGAUUCGCAGAGGGAGCUCAUCCACAGCCAGAUCGACCAGCUCCAGAAAAUUGUUGUCACGCAGUGCAAGCUCACCGGCGUCAAUCCUCUCUCCCAAGAAAUGGCAGCUGGUGCUUUGUCAAUUAAAAUUGGUAAAAGGCCUAGAGAUUUGCUGAACCCUAAGGCUGUAAAAUAUAUGCAAUCAGCUUUCUCUAUUAAAGAUGCUAUUAGUAAGAAGGAAUCCCGUGAGAUCAGUGCUCUUUUUGGCGUUACAAUCACACAGGUUCGUGAUUUUUUUAAUAGUCAACGUUCAAGAGUAAGGAAACUAGUCCGGUUGUCAAGGGAGAAGGCCAUGAGAUCCAGUGCAUGUAAACAACCAAAUGAUGGUACAAUAAUAAGCUCUGAUCCUAUGACACCUAUUGAUCCGGUUCCCUUAAACUCUGUUGGUCCUGCCAGUGUCGAAGAAGCACCCUCUUGCUCUACCCAAGAUGAUGAUCUACCUGGCUUAGAUGACGAAGACAAACAUUUUGUUGAAAAUAUUUUCAUUUUGAUGCGGAAAGAAGAAACAUUUUCUGGGCAGUUGAAACUGAUGGAGUGGAUCUUGCAGAUACAAAAUUCUUCAGUAUUAUGUUGGUUUUUAACUAAAGGCGGUGUUAUGAUUUUAGCCACAUGGUUGAGUCAAGCAGCAGUUGAAGAGCAAACAAGUGUUCUUCUUGUAAUUCUUAAGGUUCUUUGCCAUUUGCCUCUACAUAAGGCUCUUCCUGUACAUAUGUCAGCCAUACUGCAAAGUGUUAACAGACUGCGGUUCUAUAGGACAUCAGACAUAUCAAACAGGGCAAGAGUUUUGUUAUCAAGAUGGAGCAAAUCAUUGGUAAGAAGCCAAGCAAUGAAGAAACCUAAUGGCAUGCAAUCUUCAAGUGACAUGCAAAAUGAUAUAAUGCUGAAGCAGAGUAUUGGGGAAAUUAUGGAUGAAGAAUCGUGGCAGUCCAAUAUCGAUACUCCUGAAGACGAUUUUGCUUCCUCAUAUGGGAAUUUAGCUAAUUUAAGGAAAUUGGAAUCUCCGCAAGCACUGAAGCUGUUGCAAGCAUCUUCGGAUGAUUCAAAUAGGAAGCAGAUCCUAGGUGUCUCUUCAACCCAAACCAGAGAACGCAGAAAAGUUCAGUUGGUGGAACAGCCAAGCCAAAAAAUGGCAGGAAGAAGCCCGCAGGCCACAAGAGCAGCACCUGUGAGUCAGGGUCGUCCAAUGUCUGCUGAUGAUAUACAAAAGUCGAAAAUGCGUGCUCUAUUCAUGCAGAGCAAAUAUGGGAAAAGUAGUUCUUCUACUGAAAGUAAAGAAGCAAAAACUGAAGGUCUGAACAAAACUUCAAAUAUUCAGCCCAGCACUUUGAAUCCAGUAUCUAAAGCUGCUAUUCGGUCUAAAAUUGAGGAACAAAAGAAACCAGUCAUACUCCCCUCUAAAAUUUCUAAUAGGCCGGAUGCCCCUCUUGAGCUGAAGCUAAGAAUGGAUUUGAAGGAACCCUUAUGGGAUAAGUGCAAGAGGGUUCAGAUCCCAUGGCAGACACCGCCAGAAAUGAAACACAAUGAUCUUUGGAGAGUUGGUGCCGGUGAGAAUAGCAAAGAGGUUGAAUUCCAGAAAAACAGAAACCGUCGUGAGAAGGAAACUAUCUACCAGACGGUUCAGGAGAUCCCAUCGAAUCCCAAGGAACCAUGGGACAUUGAAAUGGACUACGAUGACACAUUGACCCCAGAAAUCCCAUCUGAACAGCUGCCUGACACAGAUGCCGCAGAAACACAGGUUACUUCUAAUCAAGUUGUAAACAGCGCUGUUUCUUUGGCACCUGCCUUGUCUCAAGUUGGUAAUGCAAGCACAGCCGAACCGGAUCUUGAGUUGCUUGCAGUUCUGCUAAAAAACCCGGAAUUGGUAUUUGCAUUGACUUCUGGCCAAGCUGGCAAUUUAUCAAGUGAAGAUACUGUGAAACUACUCGAUAUGAUUAAGGCCGGCGGGAUCGGUUUAGCGGGUGGCGGCGUUAAUAUGGUUGGUGGAAAAGUGGAGGACAAGGUCGAGGUUUCACUUCCAUCCCCAACUCCUUCAAGCAAUCCUGGAACGAGUGGAUGGAGACCAGAAGUUGCCAAGGGUCCAUUUUCGCAACAAACUUCAAUGGCUAACAGAGUUGCCUACGCGGCUCCCUCCAGCUUGAUGCAGUCUCAAGUCACAAUAGCUAACCUCAUUCCACCGCAACAGCCAGCAAGUGCUUCAUCAAUGGCACAGCAGGUUGCAGCAGCAACGAUGCCUACUUACUCACUGCCUCCAAUGACUACCGUCAUACCCGAAAAGCAACUGCAUUCUGUGCACCAGCGUCUUCCUAGCAACUCUUCCACUAGACAAACACCACAUUCGGCGGCAUUGCGGAUCCAAAGCACGAGUAACGGAAAACCUGCACCUGUAUAUGUCACACUGAAUGCACCUUCAAGAUCCCCUGCUUCCUUCCCAUCGCAUCCGUUGUCCCAAUCACUGCAUCCUUCAACUAUUUUGUCUGAGCCUUGGCUUCCUGCACCUCACCCUGUUUCUGAUUCUUGGAGAGCUAGCCAGGGUCAGCAUCCAAAUUAUCAUUCUCAAGCUAAUCAAAAUAAUUAUAACGCAUUGGUUGGAGGAUCUAGGCAGCCUCUGUUGCAGCCAGGUCCUCCUUGGGAGAGAAAUGAGUAUGUGGUUGAAGAAGAAUUUGAAUCGUGGAGUCCAGAGAAUAGUCCUACUAGAACUUCUGACUACAUGUUGGGAAGGAAUUUACCGUAUUCAGAACCUAGAACAAACCCUGGAUGGAAUUCUAGGCCUGACCGGCCUAGACAACGGAACAUUUCUGGAUAUCGGGACCAAUCCCAUAAUCGGUAUGGAGACAGAAAGUGGCGUGACCGGAGGCAUUGAGCUUGUACUUAAAUUCGGCUUGGUCUUAAAUUGCCUGACUGACAAAUAUUCCUGAUAUAGAGUGGAUUUGUGAUUAAUGGAAUUUCACUUGGGAGGUAAAUGGAGGUGGAGUUGGAAGUUUCGGGCUUGGAAUGGGGUUUUGGGGUAAGGACUUCAUCAGCGACAUCGCAGCAGCGAUCCAAUAUCCAAUUUAUGCAUAACUUCUGAUUAUUAACCGAGUAAAAAGCAUCCAAAAACUUGCCAAAAUUUUCUUCUCCUUCCGCACAAAAAGAACUUACCUGGACAAAAAGAGGCUCGAUUCAAUAGUUGGCCAUGUUUCUGUAGUUUCCAAAUUACAUAAAAAAGAAAAACCAUGAUCAUUUUUGUAUUUAAUUUACUUUCUAAAGCUUGUAUGGGUUCCAUUGGAUGAAUUCUAUGAUCCAGUUCCUGAGUUUUUACUGCAAA